AUGAGUGCUGGACGGCCACUGGAAUUUGCCGAUGCAGAAGGUACGUGGCCUACGUGUCGCGUUCGCCUGGAGGCGUACUUUGAGGCUCAUAGCAUCGUAGACCCAGCGAAGAAACGAGCGCUGCUCAUCGCUUCGCUCACGGACAGUGCUGUGCGUGUGGUGCAGGGCCGGUGUCAACCAAAAAAGGUGAAUGAACUGAGCUAUGAGGAAGUCGUCGGGUAUCUGGAAGAUCACUAUGCUCCGGAGGUCAACGAGAUCGCUGCAAGUUAUGCUUUCUUCAUGCGUUCGCAACAAGAGGGGGAAGCUGCUCAGGACUUCAUUGCGGACAUUCGACGCCUAGCUGAGAAGUGUAACUUCGGCACGUCAUUGGAGCGCAUGUUGAGGGAUCGAAUCGUUUGCGGAGUGCUGGAUGAAGACGUUCGGCGCCAUUUACUGACGCGACGGAAGCUCACCUUAGAAGAGGCUGAAGACUUUGCUGUCUCGGCACAGCGAGCUGUUGAAAAUGCCAGGAGCAUGAACUCGGCGCACUCAGAAGUACAUUUUGCCCGACAAGAGAGCCAUUCCUCGAAACGACGUCCCAAGCCGGAACAACGCGACGUGUGUGGAAGGUGUGGAGAAUCGCAUGCUGAGGACGAGUGCAAACACCUUCGCGCGGUGUGCCACCGGUGUGGAAAACGAGGACAUCUACGUCGGAUGUGCCUGUCUAGCACAAAUAGUGACCGUCGGCAGGGAUCUUAUCCAGCAAGACAACGGCGCCAGGGUUCGUACGCCAUGGCAGCCGGAGAGGACACAAGCUCGGACAACAACGACGCCUUGCACACGAUUACAGCGGUUCUCCAUCACGCAGCCAGUAUCCGCAAGGUUAGGCCUAUUUACAAGGACAUCAGUUGGAAUAACGUUCCGCUCACUAUGUUGGUGGAUACGGGGUCACCUGUAAGCGUCAUUCCCGUAACGGUGUUCCGCAAGUACAAGCAGCUCUGA